GAAUAUAUAUCAGUUACAUCUGACUCGGUCAACAAUAAGCAUUCCAAAAAUAUAAUACAUUUAUUUAUUUAUAUUUUUCCGUCUAUACUGUUUGUAUGGAAGAAUUUUUACCGAAGUGAUGGCGAUGAAGAUGAAUCAGAACCAGAACAAGUUCAACAUAAAUCAGUCCGUCGCUAGGAUGACGGUGCGAUUGGUCGAACCCAUUGUCCCAGUGCCGCAAAUGUCAUCGUCAACUUUGCCAGCCCGCCGUGCUGUCGUCGAAUCUUAUCGGGGUCCUCAAAUUGCUCCCGAUGAUGCCAUGCUGCCCAUGCCGCCGCACAAAAAGAAUCAGAGUAUGGGUGAGAUUUUGCACGAUCUACGACAAAAAGUGAAGGACCUAAAGCUCUGGCAUCGAACCCUUCGCUUCCUGAAGAAACGAGUCUAGCUUGCAAUUAUAUAUAUAUAUAUAUACACCAAACUGGAGGAUCUGAACCAUAUCUUCAACUGUAAUACACUUCGUUUCGUCCACGUGCAAAAUCCCCAAUAAACAAGUUAGAGUUGUGUUCGAUUUUAAGUUUCACAAAUGAUUGUAGAACCCUAAAAAUCGAUCACAUAUUCUACCGUCUAUCGUCGCUUUAUCUACCACAAAAAAAAAGAAAUAUAUAAGAAAUUACUCGUA